UGCUGGACGGCCACAAGCAUUGCGAGCCUGCUCCCUUCUCGGCAGGUCUCUCUCCUUGGCCUCUCCCUUUGAACCCCUGCUGGGCGUCAUGCCCAAGCUGCUGCAGGCCCAGGGUCAGGCCCCUGUGGGCGAGCUCCAGGUGCACCUCCAGGAGAUGGACCAGUGACACGGUGGCACAGGUGCCCAGAGAGCGAGUGGGCAGCAGGGGGGGCUGCCCAGCCCCGCCCAGGCAUCAGGCACCCUGUCCGCCCAUCUGGUUUUCUGCGACUAACAGGCUCCAGGACGAUCCUUUGCAAACGCCUGGCUCACUUGCAAGAGAAUCACCUUUCUUGGUGAAGAUGGAGCUGUCGCUAAGAACAGACUUCUGUGACCCUUUCAGCAGGCCCUGAAAGCGCCGAGGGAAGCCAUGGAUGCCUCUACUCCAGCCCAGAAUGUCGGCAUGGAGAUCUACCUAGGCCCCGGGUGGCCAGCCCCUUCCAACGCCACCUCCCUGGCCCUCAACCUGUCCGUGCCGCCGCAGGGCGACGGCCUGGGGAACCUCACCGGGGACCUGUCCGAACACCAGCAGUACCUGAUUGCCCUCUUCCUGUCCUGCCUCUACACCAUCUUCCUCUUCCCCAUCGGCUUCGUGGGCAACAUCCUCAUCCUGGUGGUGAACAUCAGCUUCCGGGAGAAGAUGGCCAUCCCAGACCUGUACUUCAUCAACCUGGCAGCCGCAGACCUCAUCCUGGUGGUGGACUCGCUCAUUGAGGUGUUCAACCUGGACGAGCAGUACUACGACAUCGCGGUGCUCUGCACCUUCAUGUCCCUCUUCCUGCAGAUCAACAUGUACAGCAGCGUCUUCUUCCUCACCUGGAUGAGCUUCGACCGCUACCUGGCGCUGGCCAGGGCCAUGCGCUGCGGCCUCCUCCGCACCAAGCACCACGCGCGCCUCAGCUGCGGCCUCAUCUGGAUGGCGUCGGUGUCCGCCACCCUGGUGCCCUUCACAGCCGUGCACCUGCGGCACACCGAGGAGGCCUGCUUCUGCUUUGCCGACGUCAGAGAGGUGCAGUGGCUGGAGGUCACCCUGGGCUUCAUCGUGCCCUUCGCCAUCAUCGGCCUCUGCUACUCCCUCAUCGUGCGGGCCCUGGUCCGGGCCCACCGGCACCGCGGCCUGCGCCCGCGCCGGCAGAAAGCCCUGCGGAUGAUCUUCGCCGUGGUCCUCGUCUUCUUCAUCUGCUGGCUGCCGGAGAACAUCUUCAUCAGCGUUCACCUCCUGCAGUGGACGCAGCCAGGGGACACUCCCUGCAAGCAGUCCUUCCGCCACGCCUACCCCUUGACGGGCCACAUCGUCAACCUCGCGGCCUUCUCCAACAGCUGCCUGAACCCCCUCAUCUACAGCUUCCUGGGAGAGACCUUCAGGGACAAGCUGAGGCUGUACGUGGAGCAGACGACAAGCCUGCCAGCUCUGAACCGCUUCUGCCACGCCACGCUCAAGGCCGUCAUUCCCGACAGCACGGAGCAGUCAGAGGUGAAGCUCAGCAGUGCUGUGUGAGGGGGACCUCCCGGACGGAGGAGGAACAGCCGGUGCUCAGGAGCUGCGCACCUGGCCCAGGCGGUGGCUAGCCCCGUGGCUUGGGGAACGCCACAAUGCUGGGUCAUCUCUGGCUGCAGGGAUCCUUCCUGACUGUCCGGCUCAUGUUGAUGCCAUCCAGAUUCAAGGGCCCGAGGCAGCAGGUCACAUGACAUUGACCUCUGACCUCAAACGGCACCUCGAAGGCCUGCUGCCUGGUUGUCUCUCCAUAGCCUCUGUCCCCAGAAGACAACUCUGCUGUGAUAGGCAGCCAGAAGGAUAGGCCACCCGACGGGGGCACCAGUCACACUUCUGCUCCGGGCCUGCCACGCGGGUGGAGGAGGCUAGAGACAGGGUGUAUGACCCAGACCCAAACUGGCUACAUUUCCUUUGCUUGUGAUAUAUAACUGACCAUGCACAUGCUGUCCAGUACAGCAAACCUUAAGACACCGGAGCCUUCUUCCUGUCCUCCAGAAGGCCUCGGGUCAUCCCAGACGCCACUCCUAACUCCUGAGUGGCCAGCAUAUCCGAGCUGAGAAAGGCCCUUUAACAAACCGCCCGGCUGCUCUGGGAUGCCCCCCCCCACACACACACACAAUGCCUGUUUACAAAGGUGUCUGCCGAUGUGGAGGUGGAAGGCUGGGGGUGCUCUGUGCGGGUCAGUGGGUGCCGCAGUGAGUGUGGGGCUGAGGGACUCGCCUCCACAGAAAACAAAACUGGGAGCCGUGAGAUGUAAGUGGACCUCAUUAAAAUGUAAAAAAGAAAGAGAAAUCGGUGUUCAUUCAGUGCCUGUGAAUAAAGCGCAGUCACUUGGCGACUCUUCUGUGCUCUGCGCUUCUUUCGGCAGUGAGGAGGCAUGGGUAAGGAGGCAUGGGUGAGGGAAGCACACCAGUACAGGUGGCCCACAGCCUCACACACCUGUGUGCCACUCUCAGCACCCGCCUGCGCACCAACGGUCACCCCAGCCUGCUGGCUACACCUGGCACUUCUGGGUGCCACAUCCUGUGUUUCACCUGGGCACCAAACGUGGCUUCCCUGUAACUCACACUGACAGUCACACUUUGCCUCAGUCAGGGGUCUGCACAGGACGGCUAUCUGUCCCAUCCCUAGGAGACUCCGGACUGUGAUGCAUGCCCAGGGCUAGGAGUCACAGGGCAUGCCUGGGGCCAGGACAGAGGGACUCUCUGGCCCUGCAUCACAGGCUCAGCCUCCACUCCCGACCACCCCCCUGGGAAGCUGCCCAUGGUGGAGGCCCACUGCUCUAGCCGAGGACCCUGGGGUCUCUAGACCCUAGAGUGUAGGAGCUGGGGCAGGACCUUAGGGGAACACAUGAGGUAACAUGGCGGUGACAGAAAUGACUCGCUUUGUCUCUAAAGAAUAUGCUAUUUUCCAUUCAAACCUAUGACCCUGCUUUUUUAUUUUGAUAACAAGCUGUAUUUGUAGAUAAGCCUAAGUGAAAAGGUAGGUGAUAUUUAAGGCAUUAAGUUAAAUAUUAAAGGUAUUUAAUUAUCUUUCCAGAUAUUUAAGAACAGUAUCUGGAAAGAGAACAGGAAGUUUAGUGGACUUGGCAGGGCCAAGAGUCAGCCAACUACACAGGACACAGAUUCCCUCUGCCUCGGUGCUCUGCAGGGUGGCAUGGCUGCCAGCCUGGAGUGAGUCCCUGCUGAGAACAAGUCUUCAAGAACCAGAGCAUCUGUCCCCAGCUUUCACCAGAGCCCUGUGCAGGGCUGGCUUUCUACCCGGGCAGGACGUGAGGUCGAGUCACCUCCAGGAUGCGGCCGGUGAAGAAGCAGCUGGUGUGUGCCUCUGUCUUACAGACCUCCACAACUCAGGUAGGAGUGCUCGACUCCACUCCAGCCAAGCCUCCAAGGUGCGCAGAGCUCAUGCCGCCCUUGCCAAACCAAGAGGUGUAAGACCUCGUCAGCAGCCUCGGAGCCCCGAUGAUGCGGGCAGCUCUGACUCGGCUCCUACGGACAGGCGCAAGGCGGGGCUUACAGUGGAGGCUGGCGAGUGAGGCUGCAAACCCUGAUGGGGUGACAUCACUGUACAUGCUGCAAGCUGCCUCGCUUGACCUCAGUGAUGGUGACAGAAACAGACCCCUGCCCGUUCCAAGUCACGGAAGAAGGCAAGGCUGGGCUGCAACUUUCCAAAUGUGCCUACGUGAGAGGCAUCUUUCCGGCUGUCCUCGGGCCAGUGUGAGGCACAGAUGUCUGAAAUCAGCUCUGGCUAGGGAGGUAGCCAAGGCCUGGGAAAGAGGACAACAGCCCCCUGGGGCCCCUGUGCAUAUCAUAUAGAGAAAAAACUAGGUGCUCAGAGUCUGUGAACGCUCAGAACCAUGGACGACAGAGGAUGGGGCUGGGAACAGAACCUCACCCUCCAGUACCCACACUGUCUCUACAGAGCACUUGGCAGCUCUGUGACAGGGAAGAAAGAGCCUGGGCAGCCGGGGAGCCAGCGCACCCAGAGGGCAGCCAGGGUCACCCUUUCCUCUUUACAGCUACACCACCAGGGCCGACAAUUCACCGCACCUGUGUGAAAUCCUAGAACACCUCUCAAGAGACAGCACCCCUUCCCAGUCCUCCUACAGGACAGGCCCGCUCUUUGCUGCCCAUGGCCGCAGCCCAACAUAAUGCCACCUCCUCUCUGCGGCUCCUGAGCAGAGGCUUCGGCAAGCUAGGUUCCGACAGGCUGGAGGCAGACAGGGUCGGAACCCAGCUCCUGCCUCCUCUGUGCCUCAAAGCACACUUGCCAUCCGCAGACGUGAGAACUGCUCUGGGGAUGGGUGGGGUGGAUGACCCAGCCCCAGGCAGGGUGGCCAAAAGGGUAAGGCGAGGCAGAAGGCUGAACCUAGGGGGACGGGGCAGGGCAGAGGUGGCUGGCUCUUUGGGGCCCCGUGCAGCCCAUUUGACCCCCCCUCAAGAGUGUGUCCGGGAGCUGAGCUGAGGCUAACACAAUUAUUCUUGGCAGGAACACCACAAGAUAAAAUCAAGGCGUUUUAAUUGCACUGCUGUUUCCUGGUAACCUGGCUCGCUCCUGCGGACAAAUGUAGUUCAGACCCUAGGAGGAGCAGAGGCAGCCACCGUGGGCACAGAAAACCUGCUUAGAACUGGAAACCGCUCCAUCACCUUCUCAUAGCUCAAUAAUGCGCUCCGCCUGCACCCCAGCCCACCCGCCCUCCCGGGCCCCGGCCAGCAAGACCUGAGCUACAAUUCAUUGUCUCCUCCCUGCUUCCGAGGGACAGAGGGGGCCAGCCGCCCAGCUGCGAGGGAGCGGCUCCUGACACACACAAAGGACAAUCGGCAAGCUUGACAGCACACUUGUCUUUUGGGGUUCUCCCCCCAAAGGCCUAUGGAGUGGCGCAGUGUGGGCGCUCUUCGGCCGCAGUCCUGAACACGAACCACGAGCACACAGCAGCCUCCCCUCCACUCCUUGGCAACACUUGGGAAAUUCAGUCCCGAGCGUCUCUGCUUCAUUAAUGCUUUUUAAAAAUUUGUGUGCACAUGUGUAUGGUGUCAGCAGGGGGUGGGAGAUGGGAAGUUGCUUGUGUGGAGGUCAGAGGCCAAUUUAGGAUGUCUUCCCCUAAUCGAACUCGAUAAUAAAGAUCUUUAUUUUUUUUUCA